AUGAGCUCCUCCUCAAUUAGAGACCUGAACGAUUAUGAGUCCAUGCUGGCGACGUCUACCUGUAAUGUGGGCAUGCAGCUGAAAAUCUCAUGCGCCAAGGAUGAUGUCGAAUCCAAGCUGAGGGACGCCUGGGAUCGAUGUGUUUCGGAACGAGAGCAGCUGCAGGUCAGAUUGGUUGCCAAGGAGGGUGAUAUGGGUCCCUUGGGACAACGUUAUGGCCUUGUCGGAAUCGACAGCAGCAAAGAAACUAAACUUUUUCAAGUGGAGCAAGUACCCCAAGGGAGAGAUUUGCCUGACUUGAUCCCAAAGCUACAAGAGAUGGGCACGACGGCUCUGACGAUUGAAGAGGGCUCUUUUGCUGUGAGAUGCUGGAUAAAGCAGGAAGAUAAAAACUCUGCAACCGGACAGUCUAUACAAUUCAUCUUUUCAUUGUGUCAUGCCUUGAGUGAUGGACCAGGAGCCCUCAGAGUGGCACGAUCCUUCUUACUACAUUUGGAGCAAGUCUUGCAAGGCAACAGCAAGAAGGACUCAGUUGCUACACAACGAUUGACAGAUCUGCAAAGAUUACUGCUUGGGGAUGACUAUGCCAAAGACAGCGCACCAAAACCACUCUUUGACGGCCAAGAGGAUUUUACAGCUGCCCUUGGGAAGGAACGACCUACUCUGCAAGAUGGUACGGCCGUUCUACCACCGGAAGGGUUGCAAAACAUCCCAAACGAUGAUGGCUUUGGUGGACCCAGCGUUAUAAACGUGGCACAUUUUUCUCUGUCAGCCGAACACACCACUCUUUUACGAACCAAAUGCCGCGAACACAACAGCUCCGUCCAGGGCGCGUUGGUGGCUGCCGCUCUCAAAGCCCGCUUGAGGCUGCUCGAGAAGAAAGAAUCACCAAUAGUGGCAGCGGUCCAGAUACCCGUCAAUAUGCGUGCGUAUGCCGCAGCAGACAUGGAAGACGCGUGUUUGUGUGGAUCUGCCGGUGUCUGGCAUACAACGGCCAAGAUUGCGGACAACAUGACGAUCAAGACUGGAUGA